CCAAAAAUGACUGCCGCGCUCGUCUGCCCCCCGCCAAUCGACCACCUUCGUGGCCCUAUGCUACCCUCCCCGCUGGAAGAAGACAACUUUGAAGGCUGCUUUGCCAUUGCGCGCGUGAAUGGGGCAAUCCGACUAGUCCAAAUAUCGAGUGCAACACCAGCCUCUGCGUUGACUACCCUCGACGUGAAGAUAUUCAGACACGAAUUUAUCCAUAUUUUCCGUUUCCUCGAGUUCCGAACCGUCCACCCUGCCGACCUCCAGAUCGUCGAACGGAUCCCUGCGCGCGCCGUUGCCCUCGACGAAGACGAUGGGGGUGACUCAGUGUCGCUUGCCCGAGAUGUGCUCGCCCGUCUGUCAAGAUUAACAAAGGGUGGUAGCUUUGGCGGAAGUUCCCGACCGACUACGGGUGCCUAUGGCCACGCAAGAUACCCCAGUGUUGGAAUUGCCUCCCCACCUGUCUAUUCGCGACGCGUGGCCUACGCACGACCAACGACGCGUCUUGGCUAG